GACAAAGGUAAACAAACUCGGCACGUGAAGGCACCACAUCACCAACGACAGAACCAUGGCCCAAAGCGAUCCUGAGGACAGAGAGUUCAAAUUCAGCUCAAACCUUAGCCUCGAGGAGAUACGUUCCGACCAGCACAACUUCUGUAAAGAGCGCAACUGGGCACAGUUCCACCCUCCACGGAAUGUCUUGUUGGCGCUGGUAGGGGAGGUGGGCGAACUCUCAGAACUGUUCCAGUGGCGUGGAGAGGUUACAAGAGGGCUGCCAGACUUCUCAGCGCAUGAGAAAACCCGCGUGGGCGAAGAGCUCAGUGACAUUCUGAUAUACCUAGUGGAUUUGGCAGAACAGUGUGAGAUUGAUCUGCCUCGGGCGGUGAAAGAGAAGAUGGUCAAGAAUGCAGAGAAGUACCCAGUGGAAAGAGUAAUCGGUCGGAGUGACAAGUAUAAUGAUUAUCCUGAGUACCUUCUCCAGGAGGCCCCAGCGGGCGAGGAACCCCAGCCAGAAAGGGAGGAGGGUGAUGGCAGCGAAUGAGGAAUGAAGCUAAAAGUAACAUUUCUCUUGAAUAUGUGUGUGUGUGUCAGUUGUGAAGGGUGAAUGUGGCAUUUUUCUGUCUGUUUUAUCAUAUGGGUUUUGUCAUGCUGUCUCCCUCUGUCUCUUGCAGUCAAUCUCUAUUUUAUCUCUUUUAUCCAUUUCCAUUUUUCUCUCUUUUUUUUAUCCUUCUUCCUGCCCCUCUGUUCCUUAUGUGGCCCUCCUCCCUUAUUCUAUCUGUACCUUCUUCCCUUUUGUUCUCCACCUCCCUUAUUUCAUCCUUCCAUCUUCCCUUGCCACAUUUCCCUCCGAUGCCUCUUUUCCUUUUCUGUCUUUAAGCUCAAAAUCACACAACACAGCAUGAAAGGAAGCCAAGCUGUCCAUGAAGAGCAUUCCAUUUUUACCUGGUGGUAGUUAUAAUGAUCAAAGAAAUAUGUGUUAAAGGGGGACAGCUGUUAAGUAAUAAGAUGCUUAACCCACUUGUGACAGGUAACAUACUAUUUCAUCACGGUGAAUAGUCACAGAUGCUGGAUGACACCUCUUCAUGUCAUAAGUCUACAUUUUGACUGCCAAGAUUGUGUGCUUGACCACAAUCUGGACAGUCACCCAGGCAUGGAGUGGUUCACACUAUUGUACACUCAUCGUCAGUAGAAUUUGCUGAAACUUUUUAUCUGUCAUUAUUGGGUUAAGGGAAGAAUUCGGGUUUCCAUUGAAGUGAAUGUAAAGCAGGAGAGAUUGGAGCAGCAUUAUUUGAGGGAGGGGCAGAAACAUUCCCACCCAUUCCUUGUUGAUGCAGUUUGAGUGUUGUUACAAUAAGCACAUACAAAAGGAAAGUUUGUUGUUGAAUAGCAUAGUUUUAAGGAAAUGCAUUGUUGAUGUAUCUUUUUUUCAAAAGCACAAGAGAGAAUUAUUACCUAAUGCACAAGUGUAUCACAGUCAUCACUCUUGUCUGCAGGCAAGAAAAGAGCAAAGGGUUUGGUAGCAUAAGGAGCCUAUGAAAGAAUGCACAAGUUGUUAUUCAGGUCAAUGAUAUAAUUUUUAUUAUUUUUUCUUUCUGGUUCACAAGGUAAUUUGAGGUAUAGUGUUUUAAGGUUUUCAUUGUGGUUGCAUCCUUGCCAUGAUGCUGAACCUCAGUCUCAGCUGAAAUGUUGAUACUCUUUUUGACCAGAGUGUUAUAUAUAUAUACCAUAGGUAAGAAAUUUAUAUAUUUUUUUAGAUGUUUCCAUUUUUACCCAGCAAGAUAAAUGGGUCACAUCACCAUUUUGAAUUUUAGGGAAAGGGUAUUCCAUCCUCAUACAGGCAAACAUCAGUCACAUAAUUGCAUGCAUUAAGGUUCAUACAAACUAACACUAGAAUUGACAAUCUCAAAGCCACACUGUGGAGAUGUCUCAAUCUUUACAUGUUUGUCCAUGUUAAAUUUGCUGCAGAUUUUUUUUUUUUUUUUUUUUCACUCUAGGAGCUCAGUAUAUCCAUGAAUAGGUAAUUUACAUACCAAAAAGUUUGAUAAUCUAUGCAGAAUGUCCAGGGAAAAGUAGAUCUGCACAGAAACAUGUCAAAGACUAACAAGAGUACUUUGAGAACAGCCGAACAGUGCAUGCAGAAACCAAGAGAUCGAGAUAAUGAAUGAAGGACUAGUAGUUUGGCAAGCAUCUUGGUAUGUUCUUGUACUGAGGAAGGGAGUAGUUCAAUAAUGCACAUAUGAUGUGCUCUGUGAUCACAUGAGUGAGCCAGAGGAUACAUCAGAGUCCAAGGUGGUGUGUCCUCAACCAGCACAAAGCAGUGUGUAUAGAGAUAAGUUUCAAGAUAAGUUCCGAGAUAAGUUCCUAGUUUUGAGUAAGUCAGCAGGGUGUGCAACGGAUGUGUUCAUGAACUUUAUAAGUUUUAAGGCUUCCUUUUGAAAGUGUUUGAAAACACUAUUUAGUAAUGAAAACGUCAUGUCUCAAUGCCUCGGCCAGGAGGCUUAGAGAUGAUAGGGACAGAAAAUAAUGCCAGUGAUUUUGUAGUAUACAGCAUUGUUUUAGAAUCAGUUUUCAGUCUUUUGGUGAGACAAUAAUGUACUUGAAAUAACUGAAAAAUGUUUGAUCUUUCUGAAAACAAAAUCUCUCUUUAGAAAGUAACCUGAUAGAUAAUUUUCCAUUAUAGUGAUAGCAGAGUUUCUGUAGAAUGAUAGUUCUUCAAUUUCAAUAAGAAUAUGUUAUAGAUUUAAUCCUUGGAAGUAGUUAGUGCACACAUUAUUAGUAUAUAGGACGUGUUUUUGUAUUUAGAAAGAUGUCCGUUUUAAUAGUUAUCACAGUCCAGAGUUGAUACAUAGUUGACUUGUUUUAGGAGUGCCCAGAAAUUGUUCAUGUGGGGGGAAGGAGGGAGAGGGGACAGUCUAGUGUAUACCCCACCCACACUCAACUGUAUACUGAUAUAUAGAUGUGUAAUCAAUACUGUCCACUCUUUUUCAGAUAUAUGCUUAUAUAACUAUCACAUGUGUGAUUGUUUGACGAUUAUCCUUUUUUUGUUAUGAGUGUUAUGUAUAUGCUUGUAUAAAUACCACAUGUUUUCAGGAUUCACAUCACCGUCCCAUCCCUA